CAACGAUCGAUCUCAGCUCCAAACCAGGGGCAGAGAGAGAGAGAGCCACCUCAUCUUCAUCCUCAUCGUUCCUAACUGUCUGCAAACACCACCAUGAUGAUGUAUUCUCGUUUUCGAACCGCAGGUCGGAAUAUCAAAUCCGCCGCAAAAUCCUUCUUUUCCUCUUCUACGAUGCCUCCGCCGGCAGCACCCCCGCCGCCGCCGCAGAAUCUGGCGGCGCUCCGUGCUCGUCUGGCGGAGGAGUCUCCGUCUCUGUCGGACUUCAUUGCGCUAAAAUCCGGGAACGCAUACUCGGUGGAGGUCGGAACGAAGAAGAAGCCGCUGCCGAAGCCUAAGUGGAUGAAGGAGUCGAUCCCAGGAGGUGAGAAAUACGUGCAGAUCAAGAAGAAGCUUCGAGAAUUGAAGCUCCACACGGUAUGCGAGGAAGCCAAGUGUCCUAAUUUAGGGGAGUGCUGGUCCGGCGGCGAGACCGGCACCGCCACCGCUACCAUCAUGAUCCUCGGCGACACUUGUACUCGAGGUUGCAGAUUUUGCAAUGUGAAGACAUCGAGGACUCCUCCACCACCUGACCCUGAUGAGCCCACCAAUGUGGCUGAAGCAAUUGCGUCAUGGGGUUUGGAUUAUGUGGUUAUAACAAGUGUUGACCGUGAUGAUUUACCUGAUCAAGGGAGUGGUCAUUUUACUGAAACAGUACAGAAAUUGAAGAUACUGAAGCCUAAUAUGUUGAUAGAAGCCUUAGUUCCUGAUUUUCGAGGAGAUGCUAGUUGCAUAGAGAAGGUUGCUAAAUCAGGAUUAGAUGUCUUUGCACAUAAUAUCGAGACAGUUGAAGAGCUUCAAAGUGUUGUGCGGGAUCACCGAGCUAAUUUUAAACAGUCCAUGGAUGUUCUAAUGAUGGCCAAAGAUUAUGCACCUGCCGGAACCCUCACAAAGACCUCAAUAAUGUUAGGCUGUGGGGAAACACCUGACCAGGUUGUGAAGACAAUGGAGAAGGUGAGAGCAGCUGGUGUUGACGUGAUGACUUUUGGUCAGUAUAUGAGACCUUCAAAGCGCCAUAUGCCAGUAUCUGAGUACAUUACACCUGAGGCCUUUGAGAAGUAUCAGACACUUGGUAUGGAAAUGGGAUUUCGGUAUGUGGCAUCUGGUCCCAUGGUUAGGUCAUCAUACAAGGCAGGCGAAUUCUAUAUUAAGUCCAUGAUUGAAUCCGACAGGGCUGCAUCUCCCUCAAAGCUGACUGCUUCUUGAUCCAUUCUUUUCUUUUCCACCAUUUUUUAUGUGCAUUAUAUAUAAUGGGUACACGCUUACCCCAUACUAUUGAUGCUCGUUCAUGCCACAUGUAAUAUAUCAGUAACAUGCUGUAAGUGGCAAAGCUUUCUGCAACUUUUUUACCCAACCAUCAAUGAGUGGAUUGGUUCAGAUUUAUUGGAAAAUGCAACAUCCCCUCCCUGUUGCAAAGGUUAAUUCAA